UUCGAAUGUACGUCGAUUAGCUAUUAUAGUUGAGAAGCUCUAUACGUACACGUUCUUUCUUCAGCGUUGCGCUUUUCCACCAACAGACGAUAUUACGUUCUAGCUAGGAAAACAGGAUUCAAUAAAGAGUGGAUAGCUCGUUGUAUCACCAUGGAGUCCUACGAUAUAAUAGCAAAUCAGCCUGUGGUGAUUGAUAAUGGCUCUGGUGUUGUUAAAGCUGGUUUUGCAGGAGACCAGAUCCCCAAAUACUGCUUUCCAAACUAUGUGGGUCGUCCAAAGCAUGUUCGGGUGAUGGCAGGUGCGCUGGAGGGAGAUCUCUUCAUUGGCCCAAAAGCAGAGGAACACAGGGGACUUCUGUCUGUGCGGUACCCUAUGGAGCAUGGUAUUGUUAAGGACUGGAAUGACAUGGAGCGCAUCUGGCAAUAUGUGUACUCUAAGGAGCAACUACAGACCUUCUCUGAAGAGCAUCCUGUGCUUUUAACAGAGGCCCCCUUAAACCCAAGUAAAAACCGUGAGCGUGCAGCAGAGGUGUUCUUUGAGACCUUCAAUGUACCAGCGCUCUUCAUCUCCAUGCAGGCAGUAUUAAGCUUAUAUGCCACAGGGCGGACAACAGGAGUGGUGCUGGAUGCUGGUGAUGGGGUAACCCAUGCUGUGCCCAUCUAUGAAGGCUUUGCCAUCCCUCAUUCUAUCAUGCGGGUGGACAUUGCUGGGCGGGAUGUCUCACGCUACCUACGCCUGCUACUGCGCAAGGAAGGCUAUGACUUCCACACUUCAGCUGAGUUUGAGGUUGUGCGGACUAUCAAAGAGAGAGCAUGCUACCUAUCUCUGAACCCACAGAAAGAUGAAACCUUGGAGACAGAGAAGGCACAGUACACUCUUCCUGAUGGCAGCACAUUGGAUAUUGGCCCUGCUCGAUUCCGAGCCCCAGAGCUUCUUUUCCGUCCAGACCUGAUAGGGGACGAGAGUGAAGGAAUCCACGAGGUUCUGGCUUUUGCCAUUCAGAAGUCAGACAUGGACCUGCGACGUACACUCUUUUCCAACAUUGUCCUCUCUGGGGGCUCCACUCUCCUCAAAGGUUUUGGUGAUCGAUUGUUAAGUGAAGUGAAAAAGUUGGCACCCAAAGAUGUGAAAAUAAAGAUCUCUGCACCCCAAGAACGACUCUACUCCACGUGGAUAGGGGGCUCCAUCCUUGCGUCACUGGACACCUUCAAGAAGAUGUGGGUGUCAAAGAAGGAGUAUGAGGAAGACCGAGCACAUGCCAUCCAUCGGAAGACCUUCUGAAGAGGUGGGCGGUGCUCCUAUUAUGCCCAAAAACCUCUGGUUCAAGUCCACCAACUACUCAACUACACCCCCUUCCCCAUUACCCCUAUGAUAAGGAGAGUUCAUGGCUCCCUAUGGCAUGCCUUCUACAGACUCCCCUCCACACGCCAAAUGACGGGGACACUGGCCAGGACUGGCAAAGUGUUGGGCAGCCAUUACCAGACAGACCCAGAACCUGUCCCAAUGACAAGGCUUUAAGUUGCAUCUCUUGAUAUUGUGGACUUUCCUUAUUUUUAACAUUUAAGCAAAUUCUUUAUUUAUUCUACGAUUUGUUAUGCCCCAUAUGAAAUGGAUCAUAAAAUCCUUAACUUAAUUAAAUGGCAAUGAAGGGGAACGUUCUGCUUUCCUUUGAUGUAUAGAUUCAAUUAAGAGAUGUGUUUUUACCUUUUGGGUUUUGUUACUGUGGCACAUUAAACAUAGUGUGCAAAGACACCUUAAAGUUAUUUCUUUAUUUCCCACUGUCUGAAUAUCCAUCAGCGUCUUUCAACUGUCCAUCAGUGUCUUUUCAACUUACAAACCCAAGUUGAUGUAAAUUGUAUUGAAAAUAUUUGAUCGGUUUAUCACCUGGUGCCAUUUAAUCAAUGUUGUUAGGGAAUUAAACAUUAAAUCUUGAGUGGACCACAUGAGUUAAAAGCACUUUCAGUGUUGUGCUGAUGGAGAAUAUUCUGACUGAAUUCAUGUUCCAAACCUGCAUGGUUUGCUAAACUUUUAAACUGGACUGAAGGUGACAUGACAAUGGGUCGGUUGUCAUGCUUUUUCUGGCAGAUGUUUGCAAGCUAAACAGAAUUGGUAUUAGUGACUUCAUUUUAGAUCAAAAUAUGUAUUGUGUUAGUUUCAAGGGUAAUAUUAUUUUUUAAUUGAGUUGUAUAUUGGAGCGUUGCUUGCACUUUAUUUUAGUCAAUUUAGUUACAAUAAAUGAGUGCACUCUGCUGGGAUGUGAUUAUGUUUAUUAUGCUGAAUACAUUAGCAAUGCUGAUGCAAUCUAAGAUUUUGAUUAAAAUGGCAAAA